AUGGAGGCCCCACCGAGACCCCGCCCCCGGCCCCGCCUGUCGCCCCGGCCUCGCCGCCCCCGGGCUCGUCCUGGGCUCGCCAUCGAUGGCGGCGGAGCGGGUGGGGCGGCGGCAGGGCCGGGGGUCCCGCCGCGGGGCGGCCCUGGGAGCUCUCCCGGCUCAGGGUCCCCCCGCAGCCCGGGGGUCCAGCGGCGCCCGGCCCGGGCCACCGUCAAGUACAACCGGAGGGAGCUGCAGCGAAGGCUCGACACGGAGCUCUGGAUCGACGGCAGGCUCGGAGAGCUCUACCGGGGAAGGGAGGGUGAGAUGCCGGACGAGCUGAACAUCGACGAGCUCCUGGAGUUGGAGACCGACCAGGAAAGAGCCCAGAAGCUCCAGGGAAUCCUGAGCUCCUGCACUGCCGACACACAGGGCUUCAUCCAGGAGCUCCUCGAGCAGCUCAAGGGGCUCCCGAAGCAGCAACUCCUGCAGAGACCCCCCUCAAGAGGCGCCUGCGACCCCCCAAAAUCUGCCAAAGAGCCUCAGAUCUCCCCAAAACUUGAUUUAAUCCAGUGA